AUGGAGGACUUUUUUGAUAAAAUAAAAAAGAAGCUGUCUGUCGACAAUAUUCUCGACCUUAUGAAGGAUGGAAAACUGAAAGAUGAAUUAAAACAAACAUUGACGGCCACUGUAAAUUUAAAUGAAAAACCAAAGCAAGAAGAGUCAAGACCUAUUGUAGAUCCUCUGAUUUUAGAGCCUAAUAAACAUGUCACUAUUGAAAAUAUUCAGCACAACACAGCACAGGGACAAACAAAGGCCAAUCAGAAUGAAAUUUCACAAUCUGAUGAGAAACCGCUUAAAGAGGUGGAGAAACAAAUUGUCUUGGAAACACACCAACAAAAUGUGACAGAAGAACAAGAAUCAACACUAGAGAGCCCCAAAGAGCAGCCUCAGGAUAAAGUCGAAUCCAUCGAAACUAAGAUCAUCCUACAUGAAGUCCCUAGAACUGGUGAAGAAACACUUAAAGAGGCUCAGAAACCAUUGCUCUCGCCGAGGAAAGUAAUUGGUCGCAUGCGCCCCCGCGGGAAAUCUAGCAGGGGCGCUACCCCGUUUGGGGGUUCGGCUUCAGGUAGUUUGAUGGAUGUGAAGAGACCUGGUAUCGGUCGUUCACGGCGCAUG